GGUCCCCCCGCUGCGGGCGGGGCGCGCCCCCCCCCCCCCCAUCCCCUUUUCCGCCGCUGCCGCCAGCUCGGCCCGACUCGGGGCCGGGCCCGCCCGAGGCGCCAUGUUCCUGGCCGAGGACCCCUGGGGGCUGCUGGCCCUGGGACAGUGUCCCCCCCACGUCCCCCCCGCUCCCGGCCCCGCCAACCCUCCGCAACCACCCCCGGUGCCGAUGCCGCCCACCCGUGACGCCACCGACGCCGCCUGCCACCAGCGUGGCGUCCCCACGUCCCCGCCGGCGCCGGAGGGCCACCGCUGCGGCGACUGCGGUAAGACCUUCGGCGCCCGCUCCCGGCUGGCGGUGCACCGGCGGGUGCACACCGGCGAGCGACCCUUCGCCUGCGCCCACUGCGGCAAACGCUUCAGCCAGAGCUCGGCGCUUGGCCUUCACCGGCGCCUGCACACCGGCGAGCGGCCCCACGCCUGCGCCGACUGCGGCAAAGCCUUCGCCGUGCCCUCGCACCUUGCGGUGCAUCGGCGGGUGCACACCGGCGAGCGACCCUUCGCCUGCGCCCACUGCGGCAAACGCUUCAGCCAGAGCUCGGCGCUGGCUCUGCACCGGCGCGGUCACACCGGCGAGCGGCCCCACGCCUGCGCCGAGUGUGGCAAAGCCUUCGCCGUCGCCUCUCACCUGGCCGCUCACCGCCGCAUCCACACCGGGGAGAAGCCCUUCCCCUGCCCGCGCUGCGGCAAGCGCUUCCGCCAACGCUCUGGCCUCGUCACCCACCAGCGGGGACAUAAUACCCAGAAACCCUACAAGUGCACCGAGUGCGGCAAGGCCUUUGGGCAGAGCUCGCACCUGAUGCGGCAUUUGGGCACCCACACCGGCGAGAAGCCCUACAAGUGCGGCGCCUGCGCCAAGAGCUUCACCCAGAACUCCAACCUCCUGCAGCACCAGCGCACCCACACCGGCGAGAAACCCUACGAGUGCGGCGCCUGCGGCAAACGUUUCGGCUGGAGCUCCAACCUCAGCCAACACCGCCGUCUCCACAGCGGCCAGAAGCCUUUCCAGUGCAGCCAGUGCGGCAAAUGCUUCGGUGAGAGCGCCCGUCUGCUCGAGCACCAGCGCACCCACACCGGUGAGAAGCCCUACCGCUGCCCCGACUGCCCCAAGACCUUCAGCCGCGGCUCCCACCUCGCUCGCCAUCGCCGCCUCCACGCAGCUGAGCGGGGGCCCGGUCCGGCCCUGGCAAUGCACCGGGGGCUCUGAGGGGCUCCCCAAGGAGAGGGGAGGAGGUGGUGGAGCAGAUGAUGGUGCUUCUGUGGUGACUGACCACGGGGAUGUGGUUUGACCUGCUGAUGCCCGUCGUCAACAGAAAGAUUCAUGGAGGAUCCAUAACGUGGUCAAUAGCUGCUACAGCCCUUCUGUGGUGGCCAUGGGGACGUGUUUUGUCCCUGUUGGUGCCCAUCGUCAAUACAAAGACUUCAGGAAGA